UCAUAUUCAGUUUUAAUUCCAACUGGUUUUCAACUUCUAAAAUGCCCCCUAAAGUUAGCGGCAAAGCAGCCAAAAAAGCUGGCAAAGCUCAGAAGAACAUUGCCAAAGGAGACAAAAAGAAAAAGCGCAAGAGGAAGGAGAGCUAUGCUAUCUACAUCUACAAAGUGUUAAAGCAGGUCCACCCCGACACUGGCAUUUCUUCGAAAGCUAUGACGAUCAUGAACAGUUUCGUCAAUGACAUUUUCGAACGUAUUGCUGGAGAAUCUUCUCGUCUUGCCCACUACAACAAGCGUUCUACCAUCACGAGCCGGGAAAUUCAGACAGCUGUCCGUCUCCUUCUGCCCGGAGAAUUGGCCAAGCACGCAGUAUCUGAAGGCACAAAGGCUGUGACUAAGUACACUAGUACUAAGUAAAUGGUCUCCACCUCCCUUUUUCCAAACGGCCCUUUUCAGGGCCACCAAAUUUUAAAAGAAAACGAAGAGUUAUUCCACAGAGUUUCUGUUUGUUGUACGCUAUCAGUACAGAAAUAGUCAAACCUCGUUAUCUUACGAUAUUCUUAAAGCUUGCGGCAGUAAAUGUUUUGCAUCGGGAUAGUUAUUGUUUAAUAAACAAGUAUUGCCGUAUGAUGCAUAUCAUCCUCAGUUAAUCUU